AUGAAUAGAGGAUUUAUAACGGAAGGUGUACAGGAUGUUAAAGGUUUAGUGGUCGGUGGUGUUCAGGAUGUUAAAGGCUUAGUAGUUGGAGGAGUACAGGAUGUAAAGGACAAGGUGGUUGGAGGAUUCCACACUUUGAAUAAGGCUACAUCAAUAUUGAGGAGAAAAAUUAUUAGUGAUGUUGGAAAUGCUAAGGAACUAAAUAAGAAGGUGAUCAGUUAUUUUACAGGAAAAGAGAAGGCUCUUGAACAUCCUUCAACAAUUAAUUUUGCAUCAGAUGAAUUUGAUCCUGAGGAUUAUACUGAUACCUUAUUCACAAAAUCCGAUUACAAACAAAUUGAAAGCAAUUGGCUUGCAGGAUUAUCUAUUGAACAAACAAAAGCAAAGGAAAAAUUACAAGAAUUAGUUUCAGAUAAUUAUAUACAAUUCAUUGAUGCUUCAAAAGAGGUUUCAAGUUUUAUGGAUGUUGAUUUGAUUGAAAUUGGUAAUCUUGUAACUUCUAUGAAAAAUGUUAUUUCAGACAUUGACUCAGUUGAUUUGACUUUGGAUUAUAGAUGUUUGUACCCAACUUUUAAAAGUGUUGAUGUUGAGGCUUUAAGAGAAGUUGAAUAUACAAUGCUACCAGAAUUGGAAAUGAUAAUUUCUCAAAGACUAUUUCACAAAGCAGCAGAAUUGGUUGAAUUAAUAGAUAAAAAACUAGUGUUGGAAGAUGAUAUCAAAAUGGAAAAAGACUACAGAGCGUCACUUCAACAAUUGAAAAAGAAAUUCUACCAAAAAAGAAUUGAACUCAGUGAAUCUGUUUCUGAGUCGGUCAAAAGUGGCCUUUCCAGUAAUAAGGAUGUUAAAUUAUUGGAAAAAAUUUCAGGAACAGAGAUUGCUAUUACAACUUAUCUAAAAGGAAAAAAGGUUAGAAUUAAGAAUAUUCUUACAAAGAUAGAAUGCAGAGGAAAUGUUGAGGACUACACAAAAACAGCCUCCAAACAUGUUUUCAAGAUGAUUGAAGUAGUUUGUGCGGAGUUUAGAGAGUUAUUUACUGAUGAUACAAAUACCUCUUUUUUUAUUCAGUGGUCAUUUGAGGUGUUAGAAAAAUUAGUCUCCACUGUCAAAGUUCAAAUAUUAGGUCAACAAUGUUUUGAAACCACAUCUAACAGUAUCAAUGUUAUCAUUAAGAAGGCUCAACAGUUAGAAAAGAUGGGUAUCACAGUAUCUUUCUACAUACAUAAACUGUUGUUACCUGAUGUUGAGAAAACAAUGAGACAACGAUGUAUUGAAUUAAGAGAGGAGAUAUUUAGAAUAGCUUGUUCUGAAUUAUGGAAUUACAAAAAUGUUCCCUGCGAUUUAUUUGCUGUUGCCCUUCCAGAUGUUGUAAAGCAAUUGAAGGUGGGGCAAAGUUGCCUUGUAUUUGUGAAUAGUAUUCGUACUUUUAUUAUUAAUUGUAGUUUAAUAGUUUCCUCAUAUUUAUUAUUUGAUAAGAAUUUACCAGUAGAAAUUACAAUUCUUAAAUCUAAAAUAUUUGGUUUUGAUUCAAGAUUGUUAGAGAAAUAUUGUGAGAACAAAGCUUUCAAUUUAGUAGAUGAAAAAAUAGGAUGGAAUCACAGCUACAUUGCUCAAGAAAUAUCAUCUGUAACGAGUGUCAGCAAAUUCUUUGCUCAGGUCAUCUCAUACUUUGAUAAAUUAUCGAAUCAUAUAGCUUCAUCUUUUGACAAGGAUUCUAUCCCAAUAAUGAGGCUUUUCAUUAAAUAUACGGUAGAAUAUCUUACUGACAAGAGUAAUGCAAUGACAAGCAUGAUUGAGGAUACAAAAGAAUCAGCAAAGAAACAUAAGGUUAAUCAGAUUAUUCUUGAUCUGAGCUACUUUAAACAACAAUUAUCAAGCAGAGAUUUUAUUUCAGAGGAAUCAUCUAGGCCUAAGAAUGAUGAUACGGAAGAAGAUGAAGACAUUAUUGUUGAAUUAUCAACAAAAAAAGACCAAAGAAAAGUUAUCUUAACUGGGUCUAAGGAAGAAAUAAAUACAUCUGAAGAUGAAGUUGAAGAAGGAUAUUUAUCGGAUAGCUUAAAAGAGGUUGACUAUCAUAACUUGGAAGAACCAUCUUUCAUUGAAAAUUCGGAUGAAGAAGAUAUGGAUCUCAUAACGAUACAAUCACUAAGGGAAUCUCAUCAGCAAAAAUUAGACCAAGUGGAACGAGAAUACCUCUCUCUUAGAGAAAAGAACAAUAUGUCAGUUGAUGUGCAUAAAACAAGAAAUGUUCGGAUUAAAAACCCAAUGAAUUCAUACAGAACAGUCACAUUUAGUGACCAAUUUGAUGAGGAGCCAAGAAACUCUCCUAAAUCUGACACUGAAGAAAGGGAUUUCUCUCAAGUAAACAGAAGAGUAUCUGAGAUCAUCAGUGAGGUCAGUUUGGACGACGAUAAUACCAGUGUCAGUUCUGAUGACACUGAGUUCAAACAAGAUUACAAACACUAUUUCAAUGACCCAAGUUUACAUAAUCAAUUGAUUGAUGAAGAGUCAGUAGAACGAGACUAUAACUAUAAUGAUAUUAGUGACACUUGUACAGUGAUUUCGGAUGUGUCAGAAUUUGUAAAGGAAAGAGAUGCCGAGGGACCAACAGAAAACAUCGAACGUAAAAACAUCACUGUGCCUCUUCCAUUCAAAUUUGAGGACAGAGAGGCCAGAAAGCCUUUGGGCAUUCAUAGAAGGAAGAUGGAUGACUAUAUCAAUAAGAUUAAAAUGGAAGAAGAACAUCAUCUCAACAAAAGAUUCAAAGCAAAUCCAGUUCCAAAAUCAACAAAGACUCCUUUAUAUGAAUCUGUAAGAAUAAGGACUGAAUUACAGACAAAGCUGGAGAGAAAGGCUCUUGAGGAAAUGACUAAAAAAAUAAUUAAGCCAUUUUAUUUUGCUGAGAGAGACGAAAGGAGGUCCAAACAAUUAGAAGAAGAGAAAAUACUAAAACAAGAGGAGCAUUAUAUGAGAUUUGAAAAAGGAUUUGUGGCUAAUCCAGAAAGAGAAUCACAAAGGAGAAGUGAAAGAGUUCAAGAAAGAUCCCAACGACUUCUUCGCCAAUCCUCUCUCCCUCCUAGAAUGGAAAUGUGGAAUAAGGUCGGAAAAUCACAAGCUAUAUCAAACCCAUUAGAAAACGAUUUAACAUUACAUCCAAAAAUCAAUCAUAACGUUCCUGACUUUGACCAUCUUCACCGAAAAUUCCAAGAAACUCUGUAUCUUGCAAAGAGAACUCAAAAGCUAACAGUUCCACAACCAUUCAAGUUCAAUAGUACGUUAACUGAAAAAGAUAUGAAGAGAAUUGCAGAUGAGGUAGGAUUAGAUGAUGUGGUUCUUCACGAUUCAAGGUCAGACUGGGAAAAACAAGAUUUCAAGGCAAAAAUUUCAAAACGACCAUCAUCUGCAACCCAAAGCAGGCCUCAAAAGGAUACCUUUGCAACUAGAAUGAGAAAUGAACAAAUUAAAAAACAAAUAGCUGAAAGAGAGGAAAGGAAAAAGGAAUUGGAAACAUUGAGAGGAAAGCAAUUCAAUCAACAACGAAAGAUUUUCAACAGAGUGGCGCCAAAUAUUGACAAACAAGAAAACAAAGAGAAUUUUUAUGCCACUCUUUCGAAUACUCAAAAAAGGAGAGAGAAAGAUGCUCUCAUUGAUGCAAAACCCUAUCUUUUCGAAACCUCUUUGAAGAAGGAAGCUAAGGAGAAAGUCUAUGAGGAUCUGAAGAAAACUCUUUCAGAAAAUGGAACAGCCUAUUUAUUAUCCUCUCUUAAAUUGUAA